AUGGUGCUUCAAGAUCUCGGGCGGCGCAUUAAUGCCGCCGUCUCAGACCUCACGAGGUCACCGAACCUCGAUGAGAAAGCCUUCGACUCCAUGGUCAAGGAGAUCUCCAACGCCCUCGUCGAAGCCGACGUGAACGUAAAGCUCGUCAUGAACCUCCGCAACUCGAUAAAACGCUCCGUCGACUUCAAGCACCUCGCGCCGGGCGUGAACAAGAAGCGCAUUAUCCAGAAAGCCGUCUUCGACGAACUAGUCAAGCUAGUCGACCCGCACGCUGAGCCUUUCAAACCGCGAAAAGGAAAGCCGAACGUCAUCAUGUUCGUUGGUCUACAAGGUUCCGGUAAAACGACAACGUGUACAAAGCUGGCGAGGUGGUACUCGGCAAGAGGGUUCAAGGCCUGUCUUGUUUGCGCGGAUACAUUUCGUGCCGGUGCUUUCGAUCAGCUGAAGCAGAAUGCGACAAAAGCGAAGAUACCUUACUAUGGAAGCCAUACGCAGACGGAUCCCGUCGUUGUAGCAAGAGAGGGUGUGGAGAAGUUCAAGAAGGAAAGAUUCGAGAUCAUCAUUGUCGAUACCUCGGGUAGGCAUAGGCAAGAGAAGGAUCUUUUCGACGAGAUGGUUCAGAUCCAGGACGCUGUGACACCGGAUCAGACAAUUAUGGUUCUCGACGCGACAAUAGGUCAAGCCGCGGAAGCGCAGUCUCGCGCCUUCAAAGAAGCAGCAGAUUUUGGAGCUAUCGUGCUCACCAAGACCGAUGGUGCAGCUGCGGGAGGUGGUGCCAUUUCAGCUGUCGCAGCGACACAUACUCCGAUUGUCUUCCUCGGUACCGGCGAACACAUGCUCGACCUAGAGCGCUUCAGCCCGCAACCCUUCGUGUCCAAGCUGCUUGGCAUGGGCGAUGUUGCUGGGCUAGUCGAACACGUGCAAUCCCUCAAGCUUGACCAAAAGGACACUAUGAAGCACAUCGCCUCCGGAAUCUUCACGAUAAAAGACCUUCGCGACCAGCUCUCUAACAUCAUGAAGAUGGGCCCCCUCUCCAAAAUGGCUGGCAUGAUCCCCGGUCUGAGUAAUAUGAUGGGAGGUAUGGACGAUGAGGAAGGUGGUGCGAAGCUAAAGCGUAUGAUCUACAUCUGCGACAGUAUGACGGAGAAAGAACUCGAAUCCGACGGCAAAAUAUUCGUAGAGCAACCCACGCGCAUGACGCGUGUAGCCCGUGGCUCCGGCACUUCAGUUCGUGAAGUCGAGGAAUUGCUCACGCAGCACCGCAUGAUGGCCGGCAUGGCGAAGAAGAUGAAGGGUGGCAUGGCCAACAUGCAGAAAGCGCAGGGUGCUAUGGGCGGCGGCAAUAAGCAGCAGCAACUUGCUGCGAUGCAGAAGCGCAUGCAAAGUAUGGGCGGCGCCAACGCGAUGGGUGGCGGGAUGCCGGAUCUGGGCGCCAUGAUGAAGAUGCUUGGCGGCGGUGGGCGCGGAGGCGGUGGCAUGCCAGAUAUGUCUGCGCUUGGCGGUAUGGGCGGCAUGGAUAUGGCGAGUAUGAUGAAGAUGAUGGGCGGUAUGGGCAGUCCUGGACAGGGGGGAAGAGGAAGGCGGUAGCCUGUAAACGAGCUCGAUCGCGAUAUCUGGUGCGGUACCUGGUUCGCUUACUUAUGCAUAGCCCCGGCGUUAGGGUUGGUCUUCCUGUGGAAAUAGUACUGAUUUGAGUCAAUACAUAUACCGUAUUUGAG